AAAUGGGCCUGAUUAAAAUUGGCCCUUCGACCUUUUUCUGUUGGGCUUGGAUUUGGAUUCCGAUCUGCUUCCCUUAGCUACACCAAAACUCGGAGCUCAAGAGGUUUGGAAGCAGGGCCGGCAUGGAGAACGCCGUCGUCGUCGUCGUCGACGACGAAGAUCCUUGGCUGGCGCCGGACAAACUCUACCAUUUCGUCUUCUGUUUCUCUCUCACACUCCUCUUCUCCAUCUUAGCCUCAUUCUCCCGCUACGCCUUCCUUCGCACCCACUCUAUUUGGAUUGGAUCCCUCCUCUCCCUCGCCGCCGGCGCCGCCAAGGAAGCCGCCGACCAUCUUGGUUACUUCCCUUCUGCAGGCGCCUCUGCCAGGGACGCCGUCGCCGAUUUCCUUGGCGUAUUGUUCGCUGCAAUGUUACUCCUUUUGAGGAAGAGACGGAGCAGGUCGGGUUUGGAUCCGGGCCAGACUCGCCGGGUUUUGCCAGUUUGAGUUGGUCUUUCGUUUCAGGUUGAAUUGCUAAUGGUGUUGGUUGUUUUGAGAGCUUAAUCCUAUGGCGAUUGCUUUUUGGAGUGUAAAGGGAAACACCUGUUUGGUUGCAGAGAAAAUGAAGGAGAGUAAAAAAUUUUCAGGUUCAAAAGAACUGAACUGAUUGUUGUAGAUUUAAAUGAUGAUUUGAGGAAGUCGACCAGCAUGAUUGUCUCAGUAGACACGAAUACCUUUACUGAUUAUGCAAUACAGGCUCGAUCAGGGGUGCUAUAUGAUGAGCUAAUAACUAUACUAUAAAGGAGGAGAGAAAUUCCAGUGGCAUUUUGAUACAGAAAGGUUGAACAAGGAAUGAAUCAUGUCAUCCAGAGGUGGAAUAUAUUAUAUGUGCUAGAUAUUAUUGUUUGUGUGGGUAAUGUAUAUGUAAAACCAUAAUCGACACAUUUGCUGUUGGUAAAUAAAGUGGUUUGAACAAGGAACCAAAUAUUUAUGAAAGUUAGAACUUAGAACGAAAUAUAUUGGGAGAGAUUUAACCUCAAAUUCUGAAUCCUCUAUGCUUUUUACACGGUCAGGAAGUAAAAAGGAGAAUGGCAUGCUUAUAUUAUCUGACAUUUUACCUAUUGUCAAUUGGCUAUUGAGAUUUAGCUUAUUCGUUACUCUUUUCCUGGUUCUAAGUUUGUAUUUGUUUAUGCAUCUCAGUAUGUGUAUAGAUUCUCUUUUCAAAUUGUGAAGUUUGGCAACAUGAAGGGAAGUUUGUUUCCCAACUCUAUUAUUAUGAAAAUUUCCCUAGAUUUCAAACAGCUUGUCAUGAUUGAACAUCAGACCCAUUUGAAUGUACUAGAUAAAACUUAAGAGUGCGACCUGAGAAUUGUUGUGUUCAUUGAUUCUGCUUUUCAUUAUAUUGGUUUGUAUAGCCUCUUAGGUGAGAAAGUAGGCGUUUUGAGCUUUUUGAAGGAUAUAUCUCAUUGCAAUGUGUUAGUGUUUGGACCAGAGAACACACAGUGGGAACCAGGAUAUGACAUGUGGUUGGUAUUAUUAUCAAAAUGACUUUGUGACCAAGGCAGGUUCCUGUAAGGCUGUGGAAUAUAUGUGAGUUACUGCCGUUAAAUACUGGUAUUUUACAUGUAAAAACCGGAACGAACACUUCCUCUAUGUUGGCAAAGGAAGUUAGUCUUUAGCUAUUGCGGGAAUAAAAUGAUUUUGAAUUU